AUGACUACACGCAACUCGAAGCAGGACUUCCUCGCAGCUCCAACCAAAGAUGAAAACACAGUCUCAGAAAACACGUCCGUAGCGGGAAUGGACGAAAUCGACGCAGAGAAACAGGAACAAGAUACAAGCAACGAUGAAGUUCCACCCAGAGAUAUCACAGGAUGGAGAUGGGCAGUCGUCGUCCUCGCUAUUCUCUCUUCUACCUUUCUGUUUGCUCUCGAUAACACUAUCGUCGCGGAUGUUCAACCCACAAUCGUUACUCAUUUUGAUGCUGUGAGCAAGCUGUCGUGGCUUUCAGUUGCUUUCUUGAUUGGAGCUGCUGCUACCAAUCUGGUUUGGGGAAAGGUCUUUGGACAGUUCAAUGCCAAAUGGACUUAUAUCCUCUGUGUAACUCUGUUUGAGGUUGGCUCAGCUGUCUGUGGAGCUGCUCCUACGAUUAAUGCUUUGAUCGUGGGGAGAGCCAUUUGUGGUGUUGGUGGUGCUGGAAUGUACGUUGGAGUCAUGACCCUCCUUGCAGCAACAACCACCAUGCACGAACGACCAAUGUACGUCGGAGGAACAGGUCUAACAUGGGGUCUCGGCACAGUCCUAGGUCCCAUCAUCGGAGGAGCAUUCACAGACUCUUCCGCUGGGUGGAGAUGGGCCUUUUAUAUUAAUCUUGUUAUUGGUGCUCUCUGUGCUCCCGUCUACAUCUUCAUGCUCCCUAACAAGGAUCCUCGACCUGGAGUUUCAUUCAUGGACCGAGCCCGCGAGAUGGACUACCUCGGAGGUCUUCUCAUCAUCGGUGCCUUCGUCUCAGGCGUCAUGGCUAUGUCCUUUGGCGGAGUGACGUACCCAUGGAAUAGCGGGAAGAUCAUCGGUCUCUUCUGCUGCUCGGGAGUCCUCUUCAUCUUGCUCGGCACCCAACAAGUAUGGUGCGUCUUCACCACACAAAAACGACGAAUCUUCCCCAUCGAAUUCUUCAAGUCCCGCACUAUCCUCAUCCUGUUCGCCAUGACCGCCGCUGGAGGAACAGCCGUUUUCCUCCCAAUCUAUAUGGUUCCCAUCUUCUUCCAAUUCACACGCAACGACUCCGCACUCGAAGCAGGCGUCCGUCUCCUCCCGCUCAUCUUCCUCAUGAUCUUCGCCGUCAUCGCAAACGGGGCCAUCUUGUCCGCUUACGGAUACUACAUGCCAUGGUACACCUUAGGAGGAGCGUUUGUGAUCACCGGCGGCGCAUUGAUGUACACCGUCGACGUAAACAGCAGUAUCUCCACCAUCUACGGGUACACCGUGCUCCUAGGUCUCGGCACAGGUUUCUACGCCCAGGCCUCCUUCUCUGUAGCCCAAGCCGUCGUCGAACCAGACCUCAUUGCUUCCGCAGUGGGAUUCAUAACCUGCGCUCAAGUCUCCGGAGUCACCAUCGCGCUCGCGAUUGCGAAUUCGGUGUUCUUGAAUAAAUCGCAGACUUCAAUCCAGGCUAUCUUACCCAAUGUCCCGUUGGCUGAGAUCCAAGCUGCUAUUGCAGGCGCGGGGAGUGCGUUUGUGGCGAGUCUGAACGAUGCUGUUAAGUUGGAGGUUUUGGAAGCUAUUGUAAGUGCGAUGAGUAAGACGUAUAUUUUGGUGAUUACUGCAGGUGCGUUAACGUUCGUGUUGAGUUUUGCGAUGAAGAGGGAGAGGUUGUUUAUGGUUGCUGGUCAUGCUGGUUGA